AUGGCUUCCACAGCGGUGCUCCUACUUCAGCUGCUCCUGGUCUCACUGGCGUCUGCAUCACAUCACUUUGGGGGAAGUGCGAGCUACAUCUACAGGGGACAAAACCCUGAUGGAACGUACAAGGUGGACCUUCGCAGCAGGUCAACCUUCAGGACAUGUGGGCAUUAUACCUAUGGGUGGAACUGCUACGGGGGCAACUGUCGCAUUGUCGCUAGAAGUCCGUCGGGUAUGGUUGACAGGCACACCACCAUAUCAGGAUACUAUGGAGGCUCUUGUGAGACUGAAACAGUUUUCACGGCUAAUGUUCGCAGUGACAAACCUUUUCAGAUGAGAGUUCCUCAGAACUGCCCUCGGACAUACAAGCUCACGUCUUUUGAUCCUGAUGGGGACAAAGUUCGAUGUCGAUAUGGAAACGUCAAGGGGAGGGAGUGCAACUCAUGCAACCUGCCACCAGGCUUCCUCUUAGACCAGACAACCACACCCACGGCUCCUCUCAGCAAACUUCCUCUACAAUUCUCUUUUCUUGUGGACCCCCCUGCUCCGUCAUGUCAGGAGGGAGCUUUCCUGCCCAAGCUUCUGCCUCCAACACCUGCAAAUGGAGCUCGUUUCCGAGCAGGAGUCAACAAGGAAUUGGAAAUCAGAGUCAAAGCGCAUGCCACAAAUGCAAGAAUAAAUAAUAUCAUCGUCAGUGGGCCGGCGAAUAUCAGCAAGCACCAGAACACACAGGGAGAGUUUGUGCUCAGGUGGACGCCACUCCCAGAUGACCACGGACAACAUUUCGUGAUCUGCUUUGCUGUUGAAGCAGUCAAACCGCCUGCCCUCUAUCAGUCCGAGAUGAGGUGUGUUCUUGUGGAAGCCAGGAGUGAAAUAGUUAAAUCCCAUGUGAUCUGCAACGAGUCCUCCAUGACAGUAUCGGUUGAGAAAGCCUCUUUCCCUCGACUCCAUGAGGAUCAUAUGCAGCUCAACGAUCCCUCCAACACGGCCUGCAGCCUCCAGAGACUCUCCAACAGCACUCACAUCAUCGCCACCAUCCCCCUCAACGCCUGCGGCACUCAGAUCGAGGAAGACGAUGAGAACCUCAUCUUCAAGAACGAAAUCACCACGGUGGACAACCCCAGAGACCUGAUCACCAGGAAGCACCUGAUGGAGGUGCAGUUCUACUGCCAGUACCCAAAACGAGGAAACGUGUCAUUGGGCUUCGUGGCACACAGGAAGAACAUCACUGUGUGGGAGAAGGGCUUCGGCACGUUCACCUACCAGUUUGAGUUCUACCCUAACAACCAGUUCCAAACCAGGAUGGAUCCAGCAGCUUAUCCUCUGGAGUACGACAUUGGGAACAGGAUUUACAUGAAGAUCAAGGCCACCUCCUCGGUCAACAACACCGAGCUGUUUGUGGAGUCCUGCCGAGCUGCACCAUACGACAACCCCAACUACCGCCCAACCUACUCCAUCUUUGAAAAUGGGUGUCAAAUGGAUCCAACUCUUCAGAUCCACUCCCCCGCUGACCAGAAAGAAUUCAAGUUCAGCAUGGAGGCUUUCAAGUUCAUCGGACUGAACAAUCAGGUGUACAUCAGCUGCUCGGUCAUGAUGUGUGAAGCAGGGAACUCCAACACCAGGUGCUCCAAAGGUUGCAUCAACUCUACGUCGACAAGCCCCCGCCGCUCCAAGAGAGAGGCUGUCAUCCAGAGUGCAAGUCACUUCGUUUCCCAGGGGCCAUUGCGCUUACGGAGAUCUGCAGAGAGGGUCGGAGCCACAGCGACCAACCUGAAUCUGAACCUGGUGUUCAUCGCUGGAUGUGUUCUUGCAGCCGUCGGCAUGGUCUGCGGAGUGGUCAUGUACAGAGCCAAAGUGUCAAAGGUCAAAUACCAACCUUUGCCAACAUUUGAGAGUUAA